GGUAUGAUCUUGUAAAGGGCGUCAGGUUAGCAGGCUUUAUGGUGAGAAGUUGCUUCAAUGCCGUGCUCAACGUAAGAACGCACACAUCGCACUGGUGGCACAGCGCUGCACUACGUUGGCCAAGCGGCAUGUACAAUUGGUAUCGAUUAUGAUUAGGAGGGAAAUACGUACGAAACCGGGAGGAAAAUUGAUCCAGAGAACACAACACGGCCUGCGAGAACCCAGCCGUAAUCAGCUAGUCAAGCAUGAUGAUGCAUGCUGGACGUCGGUAGCAGCGUUGCAUUGCAGCCGUGGCAUUCAGCAUAUAACACGAGGCAGUGUAAUUACAGCUUAUGAUCAAACCUAUUGUGGCACCAGCGGCUUAGCGUGGAAAACCGUUACCGGCUGAUGCUGUCUAGCUGUGGACUUAUUUAAUUACAAGUGUACCGAUGCUGUUUAUUCAAAACGUUAAUAACUAUACGUGCAUCUAAUAUUAUAUUGAUUUUUAACGAAUUGGUCGUUGUUGCAUUUGAUGUUUAUGUAAUAUAAGCAGGGAGUGAUUUCUCGGUUUUCGUCGAUGCCUGCUUCAGCUGCUCUGGAACUGGAAAAAUGUAUCUAUUAAGAGGUUGCGCAUUGCAUUUGCGACUAACAGGAUUUUUCCAUAUUCCGAAAACUGCGACUUUGGUUUGUAAUGUCAGUGUUUCGUAUUAAUAAAGAAAGUUCGAAGAACAGGAACCACAGACAAGUGAAGAUUUUGUCUGCCUCCUGAUACUUCCUUUUUGCUUGAAAUUCGCAUGCUGUGAUGGGCACUUUAUUCAACGAUUGUCUGGCUGGGUAAUCAUAUAUCGAUGCGCUAUUAAAGGCGUAAUAGCAUGGCUAUUAUAAUAUUUUGACGGAAGUCAUUAAUGGGUUUGUGUUCUGAUGAUCCUGCCGUUUCUUAAAUGGUUUAGUGCAGAAAAUCUGGUUUUCGCAAUAGCACAGCUUAAUAUACGUGUUUCACGCCCUUUUGAUCUCCUACUAUUUCACUUUUGUGGAGCGUUGAGUGCGGUGAAAAAAUACUGCCGGGAAUAUGACAGGAACGUACGAAAGGGAACUUAACAUUGAUUCUGUAAUCGAACAGUUGGUGUCAGUCCGUGAUAGUCCGGGAAAACAGGUUCAACUCCCGGAAAACACCAUUCGUGUUCUCUGCCAACUUUCCCGUACAAUCUUCCUGGAGCAGCCGAUGCUAGUAGAAUUAGCGUCACCCGUUGUUAUUGCUGGCGAUAUUCACGGUCAGUUCGAAGACCUCCUGCGGCAUUUUGAUCGAGUGGGCUAUCCUGGACAACGAAAUUACCUUUUCAUGGGAGACUAUGUUGAUCGGGGAAAAAGAUCUCUGGAGACGAUUUGUCUCGUUCUGGCAUAUAAAAUCAAAUAUCCUGAGAAUUUCUUCUUGCUGCGAGGAAAUCAUGAGUGUGCCAGCAUCAAUAGGAUUUAUGGAUUCUAUGAUGAAUGCAAAAGACGUUACAAUAUAAAAUUAUGGAAAACAUUUACAGACUGUUUUAACUGCUUGCCAAUUGCGGCAUUAGUGGAAGGAAGCAUCCUAUGCAUGCAUGGCGGCCUAAGUCCUGACCUUGAAGAUUUGGAUCAGAUAAGGAAAAUUGCCCGGCCGUUGGACGUUCCUGAUAGUGGAUUGGUUUGUGAUCUAUUAUGGAGUGACCCGGACGAAGACAUAACCGGAUGGGGUGAAAACGACAGAGGCGUAUCAUACACAUUUGGAGGCGAUAUAGUCCGUCAAUAUUUGAAAAAGCUUGAUUGUAGCUGCAUAGUUCGGGCUCAUCAAGUUGUUGAGGACGGCUACCAGUUUUUCCAGAAACGGAAGUUGGUUACACUCUUCUCCGCGCCAAAUUAUUGUGGGGAAUUCGAUAAUGCCGGUGCUGUGAUGAUAGUGGAUGAAAGCUUAACUUGUUCGUUUUCCAUUCUACCGCCUGAUAAAACCAAGGUUUUGGGCGAUAGCAAAGAUAAAAAGGGUUGAGGAUAGCGCUGUUAUAAUAUCCGCAUUAUUUUACUUUUUGGUUUCCUUACGGUAUUAUCCUGGUUUGUUUGCGUUUUGCUUGGUAAAGCGUUUGCUCCAAUAUAAUCCGAUACAUAUCGGUCACGGAGUGGACAUUGAAAAGGUCCGGCAUAACUGCCCCGUCCCGCACACAUUUCGGCAGUAUGAAUGUGCUGUGCUAAUGUCUGCUGCUAGCUAAACUUAAUUUUCUGAUCAUUAUAUGCGAAGAGCAACCCCCAACAGCUCGAGCAGUGUCAGUGAAGUGUCAAUAAAAGCAUAA